UAGACACAUUAUAGAGAUAGUUAAAAAUAGAACUUGAGCCAAGGCCAAACAACUCGUGUGUGAUAUUGAUUAUUGCAAAAUCUAAUAGAGACAUAAUAUUUAAAACUGUUCUAAACCUGAUUUUCGUUACCACCAAACAAUCUCCAAAGCUUAGAACCAUGGGUAAUUGGUUUAUAAAAUCCGAUAAGAAUACUACCGUCUGUGACCUUUGUGAAACCAUCGCUGCUGAUAAUCAUUGCAAAUCCUGUUUGUUUAAUCUUUGUCAAGAUUGCGUUUGUGAUCAUUCCAGAAACAGAAGUAAAAGAAAGAAGUAUGAGCACGAUAUUGUGUCUUUUACACAGAAAAAAACUCAGAUACAUUCCCCACUAUGUCAAAAACAUAAGCUUGUAAGAUGCAUCAGAAUUUGUAAACAAUGUGAGAUACCCGUAUGUCAAGAAUGUGUAUUUACUAGAGACCAUCAAAGUCACAGAACACUGUAUCUUUCCAGUUUUAUCGAUGAUCGAUACCAUGAGAUAAAUAAGGAAAAUGCUGAAUUGGAGAGUAAAGUAAUACCAGAGUUUAAACAGAACCUUGUAAGGAUAGAAAACGCAAUCUCUACCACUACAUCUGCCUACGACGAACUGGAUAAAUCUAUUCAGGAGCAUAGAGAAAAUUGUUACCGAAAAAUGGAUGAAAUUUUUGACAGAUAUCAGAACGAGGCAGAUGAUUUAAGGAAAGAAGAUAGUUCUGCAUUGCAUAAUUAUCUAUCAAAUGAUAGUGCAUAUUUAAAACAAGCAUGUGUCAUUUUACAAAGAAAUAAAGAUAUUAUGAGUUCAGCAGAUAUUAACGAUGUCGUAAAUUAUCAUCACAAGAAAGCAGAUACUAUUUCAGAAUUUGAAAUUCGACACCCUCAAUUUGACACGAAACUCGUUGAUUGGAAGAAGUUAUACUUCGAAUUAGGAUAUCUUAAAAUAUCGGAUAAACCAAAACUUAUUCGGUCAGUCCCGACUCCGAUGGUACCCACAAGAGCAUGUAGCUUACCGAAAGAUCAGUUCUGGGUUUGUGGACAGGAUAAUAUGAUUGCGCGCAUAAAUAUGGAUGGGGAAGUUCUUGAAACAGCUGAAGUGCCAAUAAGUUUACAUGCAAAUGACAUUUCUAUUACAAACAAUGGUGAAUUAAUCUUCACAGAAGGGAAACCUGGCAAAGUAACCAUCAUUAAAGAAGGAAAGAGAGUAACUUUUAUAGAAGUAGGUCCACAGUGGCACCCGAGUGGUCUACAUUGUACAAUGGCAGGGGAUAUAUUGGUAACCAUGUCUGAUGACAGUUAUGAAAAUAAUAAAAUCGUCCGGUACACACACGGAAAAGCAGUUCAAGAAAUUCAAAAUUAUGAUAACGGAAAAGCUUUGUUUCAUCCCGGUCACAAAAUAUUGUUUGUAACCGAGAAUAACAAUGGAGACAUUUGUGUGUCAGAUACGAAUGGAUGUGUAGUAAUUGUUUUAAACCAAUUCGGAAAUUUCAAAUUUGAUUACGACACUACCCGGGCAUUAUACGAUUGUCCAGAAUUAACAACGUUUAAACCUGGAUGUAUAGUUACGAAUAGCAAGUGUGAAAUACUUUUCACUGUACAAAACUUUAUAUUUGUCGUCGAUCAUAACGGACACUUUGUACAAUGUAUUGAUAAUUGCAACAUGACAAUGGCGUCUGCUCUGUGUUUGGACUACACGGAAAGGAUUUGUGUCGGAGAGUUUGCUAAAACCAAUUUGAAAAUCAUUAAGUACAGAUAAUAACCAAAAUUUUAAUAAAACAUUUUAUUUUUCUU